UCUUAAAAUCCCCGUUUGAGCAACCAUUUAAAAUCAAAAUUUCGAUAAAUCCUUUCUUAGUGUCCGUUGAAAUUAUUAGAAAAAUCUAUCCUCGUAAUUUCUAGUCGAUAACUCAAAUAGGUUCGGCUCUGCGUUGAUUAUUGGUAAAGUACACUUUCCUAAUUCCUUUAUAUAUAGAGAUGAUUAUAUUUGAUAUAUAGAGAAGAAAGUCAAUACUUAUAUUUAUACAAGACGUACGAAACCAGUUUUUUGCACUCGUAAAAUUGUAUGAAAAAUAAUAGUUUGUUCAUGGUAUUACCAUUUAUUAAAUAUACAUAUAUGACCAAAUUUUAAUCAAUGAUAUUAGUAAUAGUGUAAUACUAUUUAAAAUGAAACACAAAAAUAAGUCUCUAAUCCCUAUUUUUCUAUUCUUCGAUAUUUUGGGAUCUCCCCGAUGACGGACGCUUUCGACAGCGAUCCUGUGGUGGGAGGGAAAAUAAAAUUGUGCUACAUAAUAUUGUACUGCGGUGCGGUCAUUCAUUGAUCAUUCGUCGAGCUGUCAAAUAAAUAUGUCGACCAUUUUUUACAAUUACAUAUAUGGCGGCGGUGGUGGCCGUGGCGGCGGUGGUGGCCGUGGCGGCGGUGGUGGCCGUGGCGGCGGUGGUGGCCGUGGCGGCGGUGGUGGCCGUGGCGGCGGUGGUGGCCGUGGUGGCCGUGGCGGCGGUGGUGGCAGAAAAGUUAGGAGCAAGUGCAACAUAUGUUUAAAUAGGGGCCAUUAUGCUGCUGACUGCGCUUUAAAUCAGUCAGCAGCAUCAACCCCCCCCCACCCCGCGGCCAAAGGAGCAGUGGCCGCAGCAGCAGCAGCAGCUGCAAAGGCGGCAGCGGCAGUGGCAGCGGCAGCAGUAGCAAAAGCCAAAUGGCUUGAGGCCGAGGCUGCUGCUGCUGCUGAAGCUGCAGCUGCUGAGGCUGCUGCUGGCAAAAAGGAUGGCCAGGAAGAUGAUGCUACAGAAACAAAUAAUGACCAAUAAACGUUUUACGAAAAGGAGAUUUAUGACUUCCUGGUGUCGAAACCGAUUUCAUUAAACAAUUAUCAUCAUAUUGUUUACUUAAAUCGUGUACAAUCAGAGCAUUAUUACAAGACUCAUCUACAGUUAGCCUAGUCUCAUUGUCACAUUUUAUGACCACAACGUUUUCAAUACUAUCAACCACUUUGGGCAAAAUGUUAUUUUCAUCUGCUAUAGUGGUCGAAGACUUUGGAAUUUUAACGAUAGGGCUUUGAAGGGACGGUACUUGGUAUGUUGUAGAUGUUUAUGUUGUUUUUCUUUUUUUCCCCAACUUUCUGUUGCGUCUAAAUGGUUAUGAUUAGACACUUCUGAGAUUUUAGCCUUACUGUCAAAAUCAAGUGCACGCGUACAAGUUUUUUUUCUAAUAUUGUACUUUAUUUGUUUGUGCACAUUCAUCACACGCCCUCUCAUAAGUCUUAAAAACCGACCGCAUUUUAACCUUCGAUCGCCUUCAAGUAUGUC